AUGAAUGCCUCCAGAGUUGCUGAAUUCACCUUCUUGGGUCUUUCCAGAUCUCGACCCAUCCAACUCCUUCUAUCUGUCUUGGUCGUGCUAUGUUAUGCUGCCACGCUGUUGGGUAACAUUCUCAUAAUAUUGACAGUGUAUAUAGAUCCACACCUUCUGAAGUCACCCAUGUAUUUUUUCUUAGCUAAUUUAUCCAUCAUCGAUACUGCUUUGGGUUCAGUGGUUGUUCCCAAGGUCGCAACAGACCUGAUCACCUAUAGCAGGACCAUCUCAUUUGCGGGCUGUAUGUCCCAGAUCUUUUUCCUACACUUCCUUGGAGGUUCAGAGAUGCUCCUCCUUACCCUCAUGGCCUAUGAUCGCUAUGUGGCCAUUUGCCACCCACUGACAUACACAACCACAAUGAACCGUCCAUGCUGCAUUAGACUGUUGUGUUUCUGUUGGGCUGGAGGACUCCUUCACUCUGGCAGCCAGGUGUUCUUAGUUCUGCGAUUGCCAUUCUGUGGGCCAAAUGAAGUGGACAAUUUCUUUUGUGAUGUUCCACAGAUUGUUAAACUGGCUUGUGUAGAUAUUCGAGUGACUGAGAUACUCAUGGUGGCCAAUAGUGGUCUGCUGUCUCUGGUGUGCUUCAUUAUCUUGCUGAUCUCAUAUGCCAUCAUCUUGACCACACUUCAAGGACAUUUCAGAGAGAGCCAGAUCAAGGCUAACUCGACUUGUACAUCUCAUAUCAUGAUAGUAACCUUGAGUUUUGGUCCUUGCAUCUAUAUUUAUCCCCAUCCCUUCUACAGCUUUCCAUUGGAUAAAGCAGCUUCUGUUCUCUACACAGUCACCACACCUGUCCUGAAUCCCUUCAUUUAUACCCUGAGGAACCAAGUUUUCAAAGUGGCUUUGGAAAAGCUCAAGGGAAGACAAGGAAAAUUUACUCUAUGUCUCUAG